CCAGAGAAAUUCCUCCGUCGCACUUUCAUCCAACUUCACCCGUUUUUGGUUUUUGAAUCAGAUCAUCUGUUUCUGAGGCAUUUCUGUGCUCGAGGGUCUGCAGAAAAUCUCUCCCCUAGACUCGUCAUGGUUCUUCUACAGCUCGACCCCUUCCUCAAUGAGCUCACCAGCAUGUUUGAGAAAAGCCAAGAGAAGGGCUCCGUGUGGGUUACUCUUAAAAGAUCGACUCUGAAGUCGAAGUUGCAGAACAGGAAAAUGAAUGCAGCUGGAGAAUCGGUAGAACAUAGAUGCCUUAUCCGAGCAACCAGUGGCAAGAAAACAAUCUCCGCUUCGGUCGGGGCUAAGGAUUACCAGAGAUUUCAAGCGUCGUAUGCACUUAUCCUCAAGGCUCGCAUGACCGCGUUGAAGAAGAGGGAGAGAAAGGACCGGAAAAAAUCCACAGAAGCAGAUAAGAAAGGUAGCAAUUCAACACCUAAACCCAAGAAGCUGUGAAGGAUCUUCUCCUCCCGCCAUAAAAACAUAUCCUUUUUUAUCCUUUUGCCAGUUUCCAGGUUUUGGAAUUUGUAAUGACAGGUUUUGGCUGUUUUCUUACUAAUUUAUGAUUGAUCUCUAAAUUCUUCAAAGUUGAUA